CUGAAGUUACAUUUUCGCGGGAGUUUCAGUCAGAGCCAGAUAGAGACACAGAAACAGACAGACACGGGGUAAAAUACACACAGGGACUGGGAUCAGUCUCACCCAAACUGCCCGUUUCGAGUAGAGCGAGUGCCGGAUACUGAGCUCGGUCUGUGCCGCUGAACCCAGCGAGAAGGAGGAUCCAAGCUGCUAUCAGUAGAUAUCACACCCAGUUUUGCCAACAUGCCUUCUACAUGGAAGACCAGGACACAAACCACCAUCGACUUCCCCAAGAAGAAAUUAGCCCAGUGCCGCGCAGUGAAUAAAGCAAGUCAAGGAUCGCCGCCCACAAACCAGAAACAGCCACUCAGUCCCCGGAAGCGUCUCGGUGUUGAGAACCUAUGCAAUGUACCACAGCCCCUGGAGUGCUCACCAACCAAACGGAAGAAGGAAAAUCAGCCUGUGGCUCUGUCAACCCCUAGAGGUCGAAAGUUGGAAUUUGGUGAGAGCCCAUUAAAACCGGCAGCAAGGCACAGAUCACUCUCCACCCAUAAAUCACCGGAGCGGACAGGAUGUCCUCUCAAGAAGGGGGAUGAGACUCCUUGUUCCAAAAACCAGCUCCCUGCACCCUUGUCUCCCAUUGCAAGGCAUUUAAAACAGCAAGGUGCAUGUUAUCUACAAACCAAGCAGGUGUUGAACACAGCCAUUCCAGAGCGCCUUCUUGCACGUGAGCAUGAGACUGAAGUUAUCUCUCAGUUUAUAACAAAUCACGUCAGUGAGGAGAAGCCGGGGAGUCUUUAUGUUUCAGGAGCACCUGGCACAGGGAAAACUGUGUGUGUGGAACAAAUUAUCGAGGACCUAAAGGAGAAACUUGGGGACACAGUCGUCAUCUCCAUUAACUGCAUGUCACUGAGGAGUUCGCAGGCCAUUUUUUGCUCUAUUGCAGACAAACUCAUUGGCAAAGGAAAACUCAAAUGUGCAAGAAAAGACUUUCCAAAAAAACUGCAAAUGAAGCUUACCAGCAAGGGCCCAGUGGUCCUUUUGGUGCUGGAUGAGAUGGAUCAGCUGGACAGCAAGGCUCAGGAUGUCCUCUAUACGCUGUUUGAGUGGCCUUGUCUCAGCAACUCUCGGCUCGUGCUCAUCGGAAUUGCAAACGCACUGGAUCUGACCGAUCGGAUUCUGCCCCGACUUCAAGCCCGGCCCAAAUGUAAACCUCAGCUCCUAAACUUCCCGCCUUACACUAGGGAGCAGAUUGUCGCUAUUGUGCAGGACCGGCUGAGUCAGGUUUCUGGGGAAAAUGUUUUGGAUCCUGCUGCCAUUCAGUUCUGUGCUCGUAAAGUUUCAUCUGUGUCUGGUGAUGCUCGCAAAGCUUUGGAUGUGUGCAGACGUGCUGUGGAGAUUGUGGAAUCGAAGGUUCGAAACCAGACUGCAGCUGAGCCAACGAUUAAAUCUGAAUCUCCCGCGACACCGAUUCAGUCUCCAGGCCUGAAGAAGGUGGGUCUACCACACAUUUCCCAGGUCAUUUCCGAAGUAUACGGUGAUCGGAUGACAUCGAGCUCGGGGUCUGAUGAGUGCUUUCCUCUACAGCAGAAGCUGCUGGUCUGCUCUCUGCUUCUCCUGACCAGAGAGUCGAAAGUAAAAGAAGUCACUCUGGGAAAGCUCAACGACACGUACAGCAGGAUUUGCCGCCAGCAUCAGAUGACCGGGGUGGAGCAGUCAGAAUGUUUGUCGCUCUGUAGCCACUUGGAAUCCAGGGGAAUCCUCUCUCUCAAGCGGUCAAAAGAGGCUCGACUCAGUAAGGUCGCCUUGAAAAUUGAAGAGAGGGAUGUUGAACAUGCUCUUCAUGACAAAGUAUUGAUGGGGAGCAUUUUACAACGGGGUCUUCCUUGAGAGUACAUUUUUAAAGUGUUUUAAUUUUAUCAUUGCCUUGAUGCUAUGGCCUGUAAGAGGCUCGUAAGAUACAACUGUAACCAAAGUAUUAGAGUCCGAGUCCGUAAUCCUAUUUUAUAUUGUACUUGUAAGAUUGAACCUUGGGCUGUGAUGUUUUGGCAGUGUUUGGUGCAGGCGUGUGGAAGUUGAACAGCAGUGAGUGAUGUAUUCCAGCAUCAGUCAGCAGCGAGAGCUACAAUUAACAUGAGCCCUGUGGAUAGCCAUAAUAAAACAACCUGCAAUCAACAAGUUGCGGGACAAGUUCACGUGGAAUUUUAAAUCUUAAAACAGGGUGAUUUUAUUUUAAAUGAACCUGAUCUUCCAACUGCUGUUCAUGAUGGGCCAGAGCAAUGUCAGUGCAGGCAUAUCCUAAGAGUGUGCUGACAUUUCAUAUUGACUUCCUUUCCUCUGGAGAGGCCUAUUGAAGGUGGAUAGCUUAAAGUCAGCCCGGGUCAAUGCCUGAUUUUUAAAUGCCUUUUUUUUUUAAGGAUGAGAUAUAUACGUCUACUUCAACUUUUUUUUAGAAGAAGCAAAUUUUUAAAAAAAGUUUGAUUAUUAAAAGCUGGCACAUUUUCUAACUGAGUUAAGAUUGGAGCAUAUUUGACCUUGCGUUCCACAAGACAACUUGGUGAAAACUAAUUGUUCCAUUCCUCUCCCUUCUUCCAAUGUUUGUAAAUCCACCCCACCACUCCCACCAGCUGUUUUUAUUGGGACAUGGAUGUGAAAACAAAACAGGUUUAGCAUUUAAACUGUAUUUGCAGCGAGGUGAAAUUGGAGUGUGAAAUUAAGUGUGUGUAUGUGACCAAUGCCAAGGUGACUAAGUAGGUGUGGAUGGCGCCAG